UGAUUUGUCCACGUAUUUGCCAGCUUCUUGAUUCUUCUGUUUGAUAGGCCAGAUGUAAUUCAAACACUUUUCAAAAACUGAAUUUAUUUCUCUCUGAUUCAAACACAAUUUGUGUUUUCUUCGCACUAGUCUACAAAUUUUAGUUGAAGAAGCAAGCACUAAUUUUGAGACUCUUUUAACUUCCAAACCAUUUGAAUGUACGAGCAUCAAACACCUUCCAAAUUGACCCGGAAACUCCUCCAUGUCACUUCCUCCUCCAUCGUGUCUUCCAUGGUGUUCUCAGCUGAUUACAAUUUUCUUGCUUCUGAUAUUCCCAUAUUCAUCUUCACUAGAGUUUCAUUACCAAGUACUAGACCAACAUAAUGGCAGUUUAAUAACUCAAGGAAAUACUUCAUACUUGGGUUCAGAAAUUGAGCUCACGAAGAACCAAAAAGACCAGAUUGGUCAUGUCAAGUACUUUGAGAACAUGCAUCUUUGGGACAAAGCUUCAGGAAGAGUAGCAGAUUUCAUUACCAAUUUCUCCUUCAUGGUCUAUUCGCAAACUGAGGGCCCGCAUGGAGAUGGGUUGGUCUUCUUCCUCGCCGAGCCUCCAUUUGGAAUUCCUAAUAUUACUGAUGGUAGUCGUUUGGGGAUGAGCAUCGGUAAUGAUCCUCUCUCAAGUUCACAUCCAUUCGUCGCGGUGGAGUUCGAUACUUUCCGAAAUAAUCGAUUGGAUCCUAAAGAUUUUACUGAACAUGUAGGCAUCGAUGUCAAUUCCAUGGUUUCCAGGAAGACUACACCUUGGUCAUGUAAUAUCACAAGCUGGAAUGUAUAUAAUGCUACUGUAAGUUACAGUUUUAGCAAUAGGAAUCUUAGUGUUUCUUUCACUGGCUAUAAAGAUGGUGUUCCAAUUCAGCAAAGUAUUUCCGAUGGAAUUAGUUUGGCAGACUAUUUACCAGAAAGGGUUACUUUUGGUUUCUCUGCUGCGAAUGGACUUUUUACUUCUAGACAUAUUCUUCGUUCAUGGUAUUUCCAUUCGGAUGAGGUUUCAACAAACACAAAUUCUAAUAAAGGAUGGGUUGUGGGACUGAGUGUAGGUGUUUGUGUUUUUGUUGUAGUUUUGUUUUUGAUUUGUCUUGGAGUGUGGAAGUGGAAGAAAAAGAGGAACAGAGAGGAAGAUGUUGAUGACGAACUGGGUAUUGAUCUGUUAAUGGACAAUGAUUUUGAGAGAAGCAGUGGAGCUAAGAGGUUUUCCUAUGAUGAGUUAGUUGCAGCAACAAAGAACUUUUCGGAGGAAGAGAAACUUGGACAAGGAGGCUUCGGUUGGGUAUAUAGAGGUUUUCUGAAAAACAUGAAUUCGUAUGUUGCUAUAAAGAAGAUAUCAACCAAAUCUCAACAGGGGAUUAAAGAGUAUGCAUCCGAGGUGAAGAUCAUCAGCCGACUGAGGCACAGAAAUUUAGUGCAACUCAUUGGUUGGUGCCACAGAAAGAAAGAUCUACUCCUAAUCUACGAGUUCAUGUCAAAUGGGAGUUUAGAUUUCCAUCUUUACAGAGGUAAGAACUCAUUGACUUGGGUGGCAAGGUACAACAUAGCUCGAGGCUUGGCCUCAGCAUUGCUUUACCUGCACGAAGAGUGGGAACAAUGUGUGUUGCAUAGGGAUAUUAAAUCAAGUAAUGUGAUGUUGGAUUCAAAUUUCAACGCUAAGCUUGGUGAUUUUGGGUUAGCUAGGCUAGUGGACCAUGAAAAAGGGUCACAAACUACAAUUGUGGCUGGAACUUUAGGCUAUUUGGCCCCUGAAUGUUUCACCACCAGCAGGGCUAGCAGGGAGUCCGAUGUCUACAGCUUUGGUGUUGUAAUAUUGGAGAUAGCUUGUGGAAGAAAACCCAUUCAUCCUAACGUCGGAGAUGGUGACCAUCAAAAUGGAUUGGUAGAGUGGGUUUGGAAGCUCUAUGGAAUGGAAAAGGUUUUGGAAGCGGCCGAUCCUAGACUUUGUGGGGAAUUUGAUGAGCAACAAAUGGAAAGAUUAGUGAUUGUUGGGCUUUGGUGUGCUCACCCGGAUCACAAUCUGAGACCUUCAAUAAAGCAAGCCAUACAUGUACUUGAAUUUGAAGCUCCAUUUCCUGCUCUGCCAUUAGAGAUGCCAUUGCCAACUUAUUUGCCUCCUUCAGCUCCACGGUCUAAUUAUGGCAGCACUUCUACUUCUGACCAUACCCAAACCGAGUCUUCAACCGACAAUAACACUCACUAUACCCGUUCCUCACAAUUUUCUUCAUCGUUUAGCCACUAGCCAAGUUGAUUCCAAACAGUUAGUUUGUAGAAUUUAAUCUAUUUUUUUCGUUUCUGCUUGCAACUCUCUUGGUCGUAUAAUUCAUUCAUUUUGUUCGCUUUAAUUUCCUUUCCUGUUUCCUUUUUUUUUUUUAAUGGCCAAUUUUCCUUACUAUAUUUUUUAUGCUA